CUUUCAUUAAAAAAAAAACAAAAUCAUAAUAAAAUCAAUUUACUUGAAAUUAAAAAAAAAUCAAUCAAAUUAUUUAAACAUUAUUUUUGUAAUUUAAUUAAGAGGAAUUAUUUUUUUUGCAUUCUUGUGUGAUUUUAUUUUGUAUUUAUUGAAAAAAAAAGAAAACAAAAAACCGGUAAAAGAAUUCCGGAAGUUUUAUUUUGAUUUUGAUUUUGGUUCUCUGUGACUGUCACCCGGUUGUGUGAAACGGAUGUUACCUCAUAACUGUUUUAUUUGUUUAAAUUAAUAUAACUACCUAAUAAUGUGAAUGUUUCUUGUUUUGUUGUUGUUUUUAACCUACACUCUUCUCCUUUAUCUGAAAAUCGCACACAGAAUUUCUGAAUUUCCGCAAGCAGUGCAUAAAACAGAUUGCAGUUAUAAUUCUAUUAUUUCGUUUUUCUUUUUUUUUGUUUGCAUUAUUUUUAUCGGAAAUGAAGAGAAAAUGUGGCGGCCGCACUCGCACAUGACAUCUAUGCGACAGAACGAGAGCGAAUGAGAAAUUGUGGAAAUUGUGACAGUCAAAACGACGACGGUGUGAAGAGUGUGUGUGUGGCAUUCGCAUUGCAUUGUGGAAAAAUUGCAUUACUCAACUUUUAACGACUUUUCUCUGUUUUAUUUGCAUUGCGGUUUAUUUUUUUUUUAUUUUUUUUAUCCAAAAAGGAAAAAUCAAAACUAUUAAUUUUCUUUUUUUUUUUUCUUAUCGUGUAGUGCUGCGUUAAAGAAGUGAGUGAAAAGAUAAAGAAUGAUUUUAUAGUGGCAAAACUUCAAUUACCCAUGUCUAUGUGAAAACCAAAAUAAAAAAUAAAAUAGUUUGUGAAGAAGAAUAAACAAAAUAAAAUAACGAAUGUUAUCUCAUAAUACACCAAUUCAGUGAUUGUGACUUGAAAAAGGAUAUUUUUUUAAUUGCGAAAUAAAAGGAACUGCAAAACAUUCCUAAAUAAUAAUUUUACUCAAUCAACUGAACUUCUACAAAAAUAUUUUUGUGUCGACUUUCGAUGAGAUUUAUUAAAAAGGAUAUUCUAUUGCAGACGUUUUCUAUUUGUAUAGCGGUGUUGUUGUUAAGAUUAUUCUACAAAAUUUGAUUCAAACUAAAUUUGAAUACGUUUAAAAAAAUUCCGUCCAGUCUGGCAAAAUCGCUAACACAAUUUUAUUUCGGCCAGUAAAACAACAAAUUAAAAAAAAAAACAAAAACUGUAUAAAUAAAUAAGAAUUAAAAAAGAAAAUACUAUCCAGUUGCGAAGAGAUGACGCAAACGGCAAGAAAAUGGACAACAAUAAAAUGUCAUCAUUAAAAUCUAAACAAAUCCCACUCUGGAUAUAGUGUCGCCAUACCCCGCAUAUAAUUUCCCAAACGCCAUAACCAGCAACAUCCUCUUUAUUUUUUGCUCCCCCCGAUUCCCUUUCCCCUUUGCACCAUAAAGAAAGCAAACAUAAUGAUGAAUUCAUAAAAAGAAAAGGAAUAACAAGACAAAGAAGACAAGCUAGACAAGAAUAAGAAACCAAGGAUAUACAUUUUCCAUCAAUUUAAGUUGUGAAUUUUCUUUUGUUUCGGAAGCGGAAGGACGAGCUAAAAAGAAAAACGCGGUUUGAUUAUUUCAAAAUCUUUAAUAGAAAACAAAAAUACAUUUUCCAAUCUAUCUAAAAUAAAAAGGAAUAAUAUACAAAACUAAUUCACACUUUUCUUCUUAAAAAAAAAAAAGAAUUAACAAAAAGACAGCAACUGAAAUUAAGAAGAAAAGCUAUUUUAUAUGCGCGAGAAAGACACAAAUCAAAAAGAAACUUAAAAUCCUAUCUCGUCAAAGAAGCAUCAUCAGAAUAAGGGCAAAAAGCAAUCGUGUGGACGGACGGAACGAAAAUAAGAAAAAGGAAAUAAAAUACAAAAUAAAACAAUUCAACCUAAAUGACUGAAUCAACACAACUGCAAACGACAGAAAACAAUAACACAGGGGUGGCAAAAAUGGAACCACCACCACCCAUUUCCACAUCGCCAUCACCAUCAAGUCAUAACAAUAAUAACAAUGACCAGCAACAACAGCAAAUUCAGCAGCAGCAGCAGAACAACAACAAUCAGCAUCCUUUCCACAGCCAACAACAACAACAACAGCAUUAUGCCCUUAAAUGGAACGAUUUCCAGUCAUCAAUGUUAUCAUCAUUUCGUCACCUGAGAGAUGAAGAGGAUUUUGUGGAUGUGACAUUGGCAUGUGAUCAGAGAUCAUUUACCGCGCAUAAAGUUGUCUUGAGUGCGUGUAGUCCAUAUUUUAGGAAAUUGUUAAAAGCCAAUCCAUGUGAGCAUCCUAUUGUUAUAUUGCGUGAUAUCCGUUGUGAGGAUGUUGAAAACUUGUUAAGUUUUAUGUAUAAUGGCGAAGUGAAUGUCAGUCAUGAACAACUAACUGACUUCCUUAAGACAGCACAUUUACUACAAGUUCGUGGACUUGCCGACGUCAAUGGAUCAUCUUCAAAAUUAUCCGCUAUAACAAGUACGAAAGUAAGCCUUGGCAAUAAUAAUAAUAUCAACAAUGUAAACAGCACCAACAACAACAACAGUACAGCAACACCAUCAUCAACAGUUGUUGCAGCCCUUACAUCAAGUUUAAGUUCAAGUUCAACACCCGCAGUACAAGAACUAAAAGCCUCGCCGUCACCUGUAAGACAAAUCAAAUCAACCCAUCACUGGGAUCUAUCAGAUGAUAAUCGAACGAGUCAUUUAACACCACCACCACAAAAACGUAUUAAGAGUGCAGAUCUUUUCCGAGCCCAACAUGGAAUCAGUCCUGAGCGUCUUCUGAUUGAGAGAGAAUUUCCAGUAAGCAGCAGCGGUGGCAUUGGCAGCAACAGUAACAGUGGUCAACAUCCUCUUACACGUGAACGUAACCGUGAUCGUGAUCAUAGUCGUGAAACAUCACAUGAUCGCGAUCGCGACCGUGAUCGUAGCUUAGAAUUAAGAGAUUCCUUGUUAAGUCAGGCAUUGGAGAGUGGUCAACAAAUAAACAGUGGAAAUCAGAAACAUCCUGAUUUAGUAUCACUACAUGCGCAAAGUGCCGGUGAAGAAUCCAAUAGCAGCGACACAGAACCAUCAGAUCGUGGUGAUGGCCAAAUGGAUGGAACAAUGGACAGUAUGAAUGGUUCGUUGGACAAUCAGAGAUCUCAUUCGUUCCCAAGUGCAUUCUUAGGACUUCAAGGUAUUCCAGGGCUCUUACCUGGUCCAUCAGGAAUACAUGGUGGUAAUGAUUUUGAUAUUCAAAACAAAUACGGAUUAAUGGCCAAUGUCAAGGAGGAGCUCGUUGACAAUUACCCAACAUCAGAUGAGCAAAAUCUUAAAAAUUUUUCAUCAUCUUCACCAUCAGCAGCGGAUGUACAUUCCAAUGAUAUUCCCAAAUCCGAAUGCAAUGGUGUCGAAAAUAACAUCGAUAAGGAAGCACAUUUAAAUCGUCCGAAAUCACUUCCACAAGCUCUCAGAUCUUCGUCGCCGGAAAACUCCUCGAAUGAGUAUUCUAAUGAUUCAUCAUCGUCAGCAAUGUCCUUGACUGUUAAACACAAUAACAAUAAUAAUAACAAUAAUACUCAGAGUACUGAUCCAACAUUGUUCCAUUCGUUGGUGCAACACCAUCAUCAUCAGCAGCAUCAACAACAAAAUAAUCAACGCCAACAACAACAGCAUCAUCAACAACAAUUUAUGCAACGGCAUCAUCAUCAUCAACAAGACAAUAAACGCAACCUAAGCCAGCUACAAAUCGACGAGAUACAAUCUCAUCAGCAGCAACUUACAGCGAAUCUUUUUAUGGCCAGAACCAUAGCUCUAAGUCGAUCGAGAGAUUUUCCUGAAAUUCUGCAAAAUACAACAGCAGCAGCUGCAGCUGCUGCAGCCGCAGCUGCCGCAUCAACAACAGCAACAGCCGCUGCCGCCAGUAGUAAUUAUCUGCUUCCUUGUCCAUUGUGUGAGACUCCAUUGGAGCAGAGGGUAUUUAGACAGCAUUUAGAUCGGCACUAUCCACGCGACAGUCCUGUUUGUCCUGUUAUUGAAUGUGGGCGUAGGUUUGCCCAUCCCAAUUCGGUGCGCAAUCAUAUGAGAAUAAAGCACACGUUGCAGUGGGCCAAAAUGAAAGCUAUGCGCUCGUCCGGUGGUCCGUUUUCUGGAAUACCGGACUUUAAAUGAAAUUUCUCUCGUCGAUCACUUGAAAUGCGCGUCCGAGCAACCGACCCCCGUCCAUGCCCGAAAUGUGGCAAAAUCUACCGAUCCGCCCAUACCCUACGCACCCAUUUGGAAGAUAAGCACACUGUUUGCCCUGGCUAUCGCUGUGUCCUAUGCGGAACAGUUGCUAAAUCAAGAAACUCACUCCAUUCGCAUAUGUCACGUCAGCAUCGGGGUAUCUCUACAAAAGACCUUCCAGUUCUGCCAAUGCCAAGUGCAUUUGAUCCAGAACUAGCAUCGAGACUAUUGGCCAAAGCAGGUGUGAAAAUUUCGGCGGCUGAGCUACGUGCUCGAGCCUCACCAACAAGCGGUGCACAGAGAGGUGGUUCGAAAUUAGAUUUACGAAAUGCGGGUGACGACGAAGAUGAUGAUCCAGAAGAUUUAACAACUAGCAGUGGCUAUGGCAAUAAUAAUAACGAUAUCAAUCGUUAUCAUGAAAGUUUGCUAAGCAAUUUCGGACACACGAACACAACUAUAACCCGCAUAAGAAAUGAAUCGUUAAAUCAGAAGAAUUCGAAUGACUCAAAGGACUUGAUGGGAAAUCCACUUACUCCAACAAGUACGGCUGCCGGACAGUCGUUGUUGGAUACGUAUUUACAAUUUAUAACUGAAAAUACAUUUGGCAUGGGAAUGACACAAGAGCAUGCAGCAGCAGCUCUACACGCCGCCAAAAUGGCACAGUUCAACGCUCUAGGACAUGGACUGGACAAACUACCAUCGGGAAUAUUACCACCGCAUUUUGAUCUCGCCAAAAUUGCCCAAAACAGUGAAGUAUCACGGCUGGUCCAAAAUAAUUUGCAUAACUCAGGUGGCUGUAAUUCGCUUGGAGGAACCAAUGACCUAACUAUUGAACCUGCAAUGCGUCAUCAUUCUCCAAGUAAUUCAGGCAAUCACUUAAGUAUACCCACCUCCAAUGGGCCAAUGGGCACCGACAUUCGUCGUGACUCAUCCGAACCAAUGGAUCUAGGAUUAGAUAAUAAUCAAUCUGGGAGCAAUAAUGAUGGCGGUGUCUCAGAUGCCGAUGAUAAUUACUCAGAAGAUGAAGGUGUUCACAACACAUAGACAUAGUAUAUACCAUCAGCGUAUAUAUUUAGAUAGUUUAAGAAUGAUUUUUUAUAUACGACUUACAUAUAUAUAUAUAAACCAUAUAUGUAACAAGAUUACAUAUAUUAUUUGAGAAAAACUAAUUUUAGAAAAUUUUUGAUGCGUUAUUUUAGAUUUUAAAUUUUUGUUUGAGAAUAAAAAAAAAAAUAUUUAUUUAUAGCAAAAAUAUGCAUGCAUACAUUACAUAUUAUACCAACAUGAAAACGAGAAGCCUUACCGAUGUAUACCACAAACAAAAAUAUAUUUUUUGGAAAAAAUAAAUUAAUUAAUCAGAGUAUACGCAUCACUAAAUACGAUUUACUAAAAAACAAACAAAAAACUUAAUGGAAAACAAACAAAAAGAAAUGGAAUUAAAUUUCUUUAACUAAAUUUUAAGAACAUUUUUUUUAGAAUAAAAUAACUCACCUUUGUAUAUAUUAUACUUAGAUUUAAAUUUACAAUCGUAAAGAAAAUAUUACUUAAUUCAUCGUAGAUGGCAAAACAAAAAAAAAGCAAGAAAAUAAAUAUAAACGCAAUUUAUUUAUAAAAAAUUAAAAAAAAAGAAAAUAUUAAAAUUCAGUGGUAUUCUGAAAAAAAUGUAGAUAUUGCUUUAAACAUAUAUUAUUUUUUUAGUUUUAAUAUUGACAUUAUUUACAGUGUACAAACAUAUUAAUUAUAAAUAUAAAAACAAAAACAAAUCUAAAUCUAAAUGGUUAACGUGAAUGUAAACAAUUUUUUAUAAUAUUCAAAUGUGCCAUUCAUAAUAAAUAUAAUUAAAAAUUUUGUUUUUGUUUUGUUAUUAAAACAGAGAGCAUAUUAAGAGCUAUUAGUAAAACAAAUAGUUAAUACAAAUUAAGCAAUAGAAAAGUAUAAUAUUUUGUGUCCAUACAAAUUAAUUUCGUUUAUUUUUGUAUAGAAAGUCAGUACCUUCAAUAAAAUUAUAUAAAUAUAUCUAACAUACAUAGAUACAUUACAUAAAUAUAUCGCAAUAGCAAAAAUGUUAGGCUUAAUAAAUAUUUACUAAUGAUCAAUUUUAUAAAACAAAGUAAUGCAUUUUCUUGCAAUUGAUCAGCAUGUAUUUGAGUACCUAACAUUUUUAUUUAAAACAAAACAAAAAUCAAGAAAAUGAGAGAAAAUAGUGCCAUUUAAAAUUUUAAUAUACUAGUUAUUGUUUAACUACAAAUUAAUCAGAAAAACAUGCUUGAAUAAUUGUAUUUAUUUAUUUUGUACUUUAAUUCACCAGGAUUCAUUUAAAAAAAAAAACUAAACAGUAAGACGUAACAUAAAAAUAAAUAAAGUACCAUUCAAAAAACAAUUCUCAGGUUAUCUGACAUUCCAUAUCAAACAUAUAAGAAAUGUGCUUUUAUUAUUAAAAUAGCCGCAAUAUUUAAAUAAAAUAAAAACUCACCAAAACUCUACCUCAACAAAUAGCAAAGAAAACACUUAACAAACACACAAAUUUAAGAACUGCCUCAUACUGAAACUAUGCAUUUCUAUUUUAAAGUGUAUUCAUUUUGAAAUAAAAAUCAAUCUCACAAGUGAUAUAAUAAUUAUAUGCGUUAAAAAAAAUAAAAUUAUAAGAAUACAAUCUACAACCUCCUGUCCUGUUUACAAGCAAUACAAAAUAACAAAUAAAAUCUUGCCAAUAAAUAGAAAUAUUAUAUUUAUAAUGUAUAUUUUUCUUUUGUAUAAAAUAAAGUUCAUGUAUUGUUCAUGAAUAAAAUAUUUAAAUUUAAGCUAUAAUAAAAUAUGUACUAUGUAAUAUCACUCAUCUCAAAAAAAAAAAACAAAAAUAAUCAUAAACUUAGUUUUGCAUGACUUUGUUUGCGUAAAAAAAUAUAUAAAAUUAAUUACUAAAUGACAAAUGAAUACCUCAUUAUCCUCAGAUAUGCAAGUUUAGGAAUGCAAUUUUACUUUAUUUAAUUUUUAAUUUUUUUAAGAUUUAAG